AUGGCACCGCAGGCGGUCGAGGAGCACCUGCCAAUUGUGGAGCAAGAGACAUGUCAAUUUCUAUAUGAUGUUUUACACAAUCCUAAGGAUUUCUGCUUGCACGCAUCUCGAUUUACGCUUUCCACUAUCACCUAUGUCGCAUAUGGUAAAAGAACUCCUCGCCACGAUUCUCCAGACGCAAAGCUAUUCGUUGAAUAUAUCCGUCAGCUUACCAGAACAGUAUCACCUGAAGCUGCGCCUGUGGAUCUAGUUCCGCUUCUAAAAUAUAUUCCUGAACGAUGGGCACCGUGGAAGCAGCUUUGGCGGGAGACUCGGAACCUUCAGCGACAACUGUAUUUCUCUCUUCUUGAACAUACAGAGGAUCGUGUCAAGAGCGGUAAACGUACAGGAAGCUUCAUCGAGGCGGCUCUUGAUCGUCAAGUCGAGCUAGGGCUUACUCGAGACAUGGUCGC